AUGGCGUGUAAUGCCUUUGUGUUGUUCGGUACUUUUUCUGCAGUUGUCGUCGUCUUAAAUGUCGUACGAGUUUUCGCAUCAGAUACGAACGAAUCGCAAUGUAAGAAGUAUCUCGCUGACAAUUAUCUUAAGAAUCUUAUCAACACAAAGCAGAAGUUAGCAACGCCAUGCCCAUGCCAUGAACACCAAAUGGAGUUUGAGUACUCCUUUAAACAAGACGAUCACUGCUACACAGAAUGGUUCUUCACAGAUGGAGUUAAGCAAACGUGCUGCUACAGUCAGGAUGGCAGGCUUAUCACAACGUCUCCAGAUGGAGGAUAUUUGCAGUUUUCUGAAACGGUAUUGCAAAUUAAUGACCUCCGUCAACUAUGUUGUGGUAGUAGCGAGCAGCUCUGCAAAGCCUUCUACCGCUUGAAUGUACCAGAUACGUGUGAAAAAUGGUCACCUUUAACAGACGCACAAUCCGGGGGUGAUACCGAAAUAGAAAGUAUAGACAAUUUUCGGUACACAUUCAACGGACAUGGGGAGUAUAUCUUUCUGCGUACUAACGGUUCUGAUGGCUUUUUGGAAGUACAAAUACGAACGGAUUACAUUUUUCCCGGCAAUAAAGACGCAACGGAAAUUGUCGCCUUUGCGAUCCGAGUAAAGAACACCAAACAUUCUGAGACUGUUCAUAUCAUUAAGAAUACGACAAGUGGAAAGGUUUUGUACCUCAAUGACAGUAGUCCCUUUUCUGGCGUGCCAAAACAAACAGAUUGUUUCUCAGUGUUCCCAGCGGGUUUAAAUGCGUUUAGACUGACACCGAUAUUUGAGUUUCCUGAUCUCCCGUAUUUAACCGUCAACAUCAGGAACAAGAGAGGCAACCAUAAUAUUACAGGUGUACAAGGACUAGCGGAAAAUGCUAUAGAAGAAAAGUAUCUGUUUCGAAAUGGAAGUCACUGUACCAAAAAUUGUUCGGAAUACGAAAUGUUCCGUUUUGGUGAAUCUUGGUCGUUGGAGAAAUAUGAAAACGAGUCAGUCUUUGACUACGACUUGACAAAGGGUAAUUUCUCAAUGUACAAUCAUCAACACACUAGCCCGAGAUUUUGGAAAAAUUUACUUGGCAAUUUAACGGCUCUCUUCGAAAACUAUACAGAAGGCAAUAUAACGGAGUUUAACAGAACUUGUCGCAAUAGCUGGGACAACUCGGCUGACAACCAGUGCCUUCUUGCUAUUGCAAGAACACAUAAUAUCAGCGUUGGACGUAAAGUGCAUGAAGCAAACGAACAGGACCACGAGGAGUUUCUACGGAGACAUGAUAAGCCGCCACGAUUCAUGGGAUCAAUGCCCGAUUCAGUUACACUAAAUUAUGGACUAAACAAGUCGUUUUCAAUAGACCUCAAACAAUUCACAGACGACGAAAACAACAACAGCUUACAAUUUGCGGUCGAGCCGGACUUUGAAGAAUAUACUAUAGUGGAUGGCGUCUUUAAUUGGACAGUUGGAACUGGGCUUCGCAAUACAAGCAUUGCUAGAGUUCUGCUUUUUCUUGUGACUGACAAGUACAACCACACAGUUCUUCAUGCAUUGAAGGUUUCUUAUUGUGGUUGCGAACAUUAUAGCGAAUGCAGAUUUGAUUCCAGCGGUGAUGGCUUACAAACUGCACAUUGUAACUGUCCGCCACACCUUCAGGGAACGUUUUGUGAGACACCAAUUGAUUUCUGUAAUACAACUAAGUGUUAUGAACCGGAAAAAUGUAACCACACUUCAACAAAUCGUGACAACCCUUGUGCACCAUGCCCCAAAGGAAGACGUGGGGAAGUGAUUGGAGGUGUGCAACACUGCGACGAUAUAAAUGAAUGUGAAGGUUUUGACACAAGCACAUUCCAAGAAAGAUGUGUCCAUGGUUUAGAAUGUAUUAACCAAAUUGGCGACUGGAAUUGCACCUGCCCACAGGAUACACUCUGGAUGUCUUUUGGAAAUAGCUCCCGUCCAAUGUACCGUUGUCAAGGGAACUACUCAUACCUUGGCAGCAUCGGGAUUCGCUUGUUUGAAACGGAGUAUAGAGACAAUCAAGGCAUGCUAGCGUUAUUUAAGAACGUUCUAUCAGCGGCACUUGUGAACGACACGCUUGACACGAACAGAACCAAUGUAGACACGCCACUUAGGUUUCUCUUUGUUCCAAGCGGUACAUCAGUAUUAAAUUUCACUACUACAAACGGAGCGCUUGAUUAUUAUCGUGAAUACACAUACACGUUCAAAGUACGGCUUGGGGACCCUGUACAAACAACACGUUUGCAAACAGUGCUGAACAAGUAUAUUAAGGAGAAUAAUAGUCCACGUAAAGUUGAAUAUUUGAACGUAACUAUGUUUAAAGAAAAGAUGAAUGUUUUAUGCGAGCUUAACAACAACGGUGGUUGUGAGAUAAACUCAACUAAUUGCAAGCAAGAGAACGGAACGACUCACUGCGAAUGUAAACAAGGCUUUAACAGAAUUGGAACUGAGGAAACUAAAUGUUCUGAUAUAGACGAAUGUGCAAAACCUAAAGCCGUGUGUGGGCAUGGACAUUGUACAAAUGCUCCUGGAAACUACUCGUGUGAUUGUUUUUCUGGGUUCGCCUUUAACACAUCGAGUGAGCAAUGCGAAGAUAUAGAUGAAUGCGAAAAUGGUUCCCCAUGUGCCGACAAAAAUUGCACGAAUUAUGAUGGCGGUUACAACUGCUCAUGCUUUGAUGGUUACACAAUGACAGCUGAUAACCUGAAUUGUACAGACAUAAACGAAUGCGUGUCAUCAAAUUACCAGUGUGGCGACAACUCUUCUGGAAACUGUACAAACCUACAUGGAAGUUUCAAAUGUGAAUGCAUAGAGGGAUACUAUUCCGAGCAGAAAGACGAUCAUACUACCUUUUGCUAUGUAAUUGCGGAUGUUGACGAAUGUGCUAACGAAACAUAUUCCUUGACCAAUGCAAAAUGUAAAAAUAAAAACGGAAGCUUUGAAAUUACAUGCGUUGAUGGAUAUGGACCAAACGCAACAAGAACCGGUGAUCACUUUCAGUGUGCAGACAUUAAUGAAUGCAACAAUACGGAACUUUUGUGCGGUAAAACUGAAAUGGGGAACUGUACAAAUACCAAUGGCAGUUACAAAUGUGAAUGUGCACAAGGGUAUCAGAACAAUGUCUCGUUCAACAAAGUAACACCUUGUGAAGAUAUCGACGAAUGUAACACAACAGGGUAUGUGUGUGGAGACAAGGAUUCUGCAGUUUGUCAAAAUUAUCCGGGGAAGUACAACUGCAGCUGCAAAUCUGGAUUUGAUACUGAUAAGCAAGGAGAAAGCAUUACAUUAUGCCAUGAUAUAGAUGAAUGUAAAGGUUUAAACGCCACAUUCCAAGAACGAUGUGUCCACGGUUUGCAGUGCAUCAACACAAAUGGAAACUGGAAUUGCUCUUGUCCUACGAAUACUAUCUGGAUGUCUUUUGGAAAUAGCUCUUAUUCAAUGUAUAGGUGCCAAGGGAACUACUCAUAUCUUGGCAGCAUCAAGGUUCGCUUGUUUGAUACGGAAUAUAAACACAAUCAAAGUAUUCCCGAGUUCCUUAAGAACGUAUUAUCAGCUGCACUUGUGAACGAAACCUUUGACACAAACAAAACCGAUGUUGACACCCCAUUGAAGUUUCUCUUUGUUCCAAGUGGUACAUUAGUGUUGAGUACUAACUUUACAAAAGGGGCUCUUGAUUUAUAUCGUGAAUACACAUACACGUUCAAAGUACGGCUUGGGGACCCUGUACAAACAACACGUCUGCAAACUGUGCUGGACACGUAUAUUGAGGAGAAUAAUAGUCCACGUAAAAUUGAAUAUUUGACCGUAACUAUAUUUAAAGAAGAAGAGAACGUUCUAUGCAGGCUGACAAACAACGGAGGGUGUGAGAUUACAUCGACAAAUUGCAAACAAGCAAACGGAACGACGCACUGCGAAUGUAAACAUGGCUUCCACACGUAUGGAUCUGUGCAGGCGAUCUGCUUUGAAACUGAUGAAUGUUCCUCAAACCCUUGUCAAAACGGAACAUGUUCGAACACCGUCGGCAGUUACACGUGCAGUUGUGGAGAUGGAUAUAUCUUCACGGAGUCAAAUGGCAGACCGACAUGUGAAGAUUUCAAUGAAUGCGAGAGUUCCCAGCCUUGUGACCAAAUGUGCACAAAUUUAAAUGGCUCAUACAGCUGCUCAUGCUUUCAUGGCUAUACACAGACAACUGACAACCAGGGCUGUACAGAUAUAGACGAAUGUGCAAAACCUAAUGCGGCCGUGUGUAAAAAUGGAACUUGCACGAAUUACCCUGGAAACUAUUCCUGUGACUGUGAUUCAGGAUUCAUUUUCAACACAUCAAGCGAGCAAUGCGAAGAUAUCGAUGAAUGUUUUAACAAGAACUACUUCUGCAAAAAUGCAACUAACUGUACCAACAGCAUUGGAUCAUGGGAUUGCUUAUGUAAUAGCGAUGCUACCGCCGUAAGGAUCAACAACUCUCUUAUAGAAUGUCAUGACAUAAAUGAGUGCCAUGAUAACGACGACAUCUGUGGAAAUGGAACCUGUAUCGACGGCCCGGGCAACUAUUCAUGCAACUGUAAAUCUGGGUUUGAGAUAUAUGCAGACGGAAUGAUUGUUUCUUGCAAAGGUUGCCAGAUAACAUUAUAG